AUGGUAAAAAGCCGCGCGCCCUCAAGUGGUGUGUGUCUGGUUGCAAGGUAACUUCCAACAUUACAGUUUACACGUCAAAAGUCCAUUUUCGAAAAUUUCUAGAGACCACUUUAAAUGCAUGAUACACAAACAUGACAAGUCGAGGAGGGCAUCUGCGCUCCGGAAGUGCCAAUUUGGACAACAGAGCUUUCCGUGAAGCCGUCGCUAGAAUGAGGGAGGAAGUCCUAGAGAGUAAAGCCGAGACCCAACGAGUCAAAGACCAGCUCAACUGCCUCGUCAUGCUCGUCAAAAGGGCAUGGAUGGGAGACCAGGCAGCAGCUGUCCAUGUGGCAAAUAUCGUUGGUACCGCUCCUCCCAAGUUUCUACAGGAUGAGGAGAAACAAGUGGAUGGUGUAAACAAGACAAGAGCCCUUCAUCACUGGGCGAUGCUCUCGAUUGGGCUCCUCAAUCGCCACUUCAGGCAACUGAAGAGCCAAGCUCUGUCCAGGGCAAAGGAGAGGCUUCAGCAGAGACAGGACUUCCUGGACCAGCAGUUGGCUCGGCACAGAGUCCUUCUGAAGCAAGCUAGCGAUGUAGGGCUGGCCAGCAUGAAGAAGACUUCUAACCCAUACCUGGAGAAGCCUCACAGUGCGUGGAAUUCCAGACCCAAAUCUUCAAAACCAAGUCGUCUCCACCAGACGGAGUUUGACUAUCCUACAGACUUUCGUCCGUCCAAGCCUGAUCCUACCAUGGCAACCAACAUGGUGGAACACCUUGCUAAUGCAGCCACAGCAGACAGAGCAUAUGCUAAAGCAGCAAGAGACAGAUUUUCGCAGCCUGAUCUUUUUAAUGCAAGCUAUGUUGUGGCUGAUCGGGGCAAGCCCAAACGUCCAAGCAGUGGGCACCAGAAAUUCACAGAUAACCAGAGGACAAGACCAAAAAGUGCUGUAAUAACAACCACAAAAGGGGAACGACCUCUGAAAUACGAGACCACCCGACCAGUGUCAGGGAAGCCUUCUAGUAGUGCGACCAAACCCCGCGCCAAAUCAGCUAAAGCCACCUCCAACCGAAUCUUUGAAAUGACCGAAGGACAGGAAGGUCGUUCAAAUAAUGCCCAACAAUUGCAAGCGAAAUUCACCGCGCUGGAGGAGGAGUUUUCAUUGUUUGACCGAGAGGAGGCAGAGCGGGAGGGCCCCUCUGUGGUUGAGAGGCAGAAUGGGGGCCACACCCACUACAAGGACAAUGUUACGGAUGGGUUGAGAAAGAUUGCGACUAUGGAGGACGACUUUAGAAAAACAACCAAGAUGCUGCAACAGAAACUUGGUAUCACGGGGGAGGGAGUUGUAUGA